GUGGUAACCGACUGUUUUCAAAGGUGGCAGAAUAGCAGCCUCUGGGUAGCAGCGAUUGUGUACAUUGUGAUUUCGUGUGUUAUCUUUUGCUGGUGUGUUUUAUCAGUGUCGACACAGAUGUGCUCAAGAUUAGGGUAGAAAUAAUAACAUUCGUGUCAAACAGGGAUAUGGAAUGCUGUAUAUGUUUGACAAGUAUCACAAGUUUACACAAAUACUUUUUAACACCGAAAUAUAUCUACACUUCGUCUUGGAUAAUAAACAUAUAAGUUUGCGAGGUAAGCCAAAAAUGACUAAUCGUGUUAAAACGCGAGCUUACGCGACCAGAAGUAUGUAAUGCAUUUCAAAUUUGUGCACAAUUUAUUAGAUGAAGAAUCGCCGAGCACGCUUGAGUUAUUUUCACGCCAGGUGGUGGCUUUUGCAUGAGUUUUUAUGCAAAUGUCUGGUAAUAUCGAGUCAUUCGUGCGUUGUUGUCUGUUCUUGAUUAUUCAUUUGGGACAAAACCUAUUAUGGUUUUCUUCUCACGUUCUAUUCGAGUGCGUUAAAUCGACAGUUAGGGUAUAGUGGCCAGAGGGGUAUAGUAUAAUAGCAACAGUAUAGAGUUUUACACCAAUUCGCGUGAGAAACGUUUGGCGCCGUAUUGAAUUUCACCGGAGCAAUUUCAAUUUACGGUAAGUUCAAAAUAACGUUGUGUUUGUUACAAUUGUUCGAUUUUGAAACAAAGUACAAUUAUAUUUAUACACAGCUUGAAUGUAUGUGUAGGUUAUUAUAGUAAAAGCUUGUAUAUGAAGAAUCGAAAAGUAUGUAAAAGUCGACCAGAUUUCGCUUUCAAGUUAUCAAAAUAUACAGUAGAAUUAGGACUGUCUUUUCUCGAGUGCCUGUACACAAUAUAUUCUACUUGACAAUUUGACAUGAUGUAUCAAUUAUAAGCGCUUGCGAAUAUAAUUCGAAGUCGAAGAUGUUUAUAAAUGAAUAACAUGAUUUUCUCAUAGUAGUCUCACUCUCACUGCUUUUUCAUCAAUGGUUUUGUUUGUUAGGUAAUUUGAGAAGAGGAGAGAAGGCAAUUUAUUUGUUUAUUUUUCCGAAUUCUUUGCCAUUCGACAUCAAGAAAUAGGCACAUGAAAUAAUGGCAGUUUUAGGUGUCGGCAGAUUUUUUUGUCUGCGAAAUGUUUUGUAGAAUCUGACAAUCAGUGCUGGUGUACGUAGUUGAUUUAGCUCACCAAGCCACAAGGGACAAAAAUUAUUUCGUUAAAAUGUUGGAGUGACAAGUGACUCUGGGUGACAAGCGACUAUUUAUAUGUCACCUCGGGCGAUAGACGAUGGCCAUUUAAAAUUAUAAGAGAAAAAUCGCGCCGUGCGAGGUAGUGAGCGAAUUGGUGUUUCUAUAAUACCACGAUUAUUUCAUCCCGCGAAAUACACAUUUAUUCAUUGCGUCAUUUGUAAAGGAACAGUAGGAAGUUAAAGAAAGUCUCGUGAUAGUUUAAAUUUGUGUCAUAAAUAAUAAAUAACUAAAUAUUACACGUCAGUUGAUAUCGGACCAGGCGACAUUAACAUAUACUAAUGGUUCUGUGUUAAAAAUUAAGGUUAUCAUAUUCCAAUUUUAUUGUAAAGAAUGCAGAAUAAGGAUUUAGUCUUCAAUACACAUGCAGACUGACUUGUUGAUAGCUAGCUAGGUGGAUUGCAGAAUUGUCAUACUGCAAAUGUUUACAACCACACACCUACAAAACUUUGAAUGUUUGCAACUCAAAUUUUAAUAAGACCCACAACUAAUCAGUAACAAUUAUGAAUGUAAAUAAAAUAUGAUAUCCAGCUGCAUAGCAAAAUUAUUUUGCAGCAAGCCAGAUUGGGCCAUCCUUCAAGAUGAAAUUUGUGCAAGUACAAUAUGUAAAAUGUGUAAUUAACCCAUUAUUAAAGCGCCGGCACUCUCCCCUUGACGAGUAAAAACGUCUGGCAUUAGACAGAGUAAAAUAAUAAAGUAGGGUGCAUCAGGGCACAAUGUGACAUGGGCAGAUAGACCAGUUAACCUAUUAAGCGCCAGUGCUCUCCAUAGGCGGGCGGGGGGGGGGGUAGCCCCAGUUUGUUGGGCAGUCGGGCAAUAUUCGAUCAACAGUCGGGCAAUUUUGGUUUGCAAUAAAAAAAAAUGGGAUAAAUUCUGUCAAUUUUGUCUAAAAUUAAGUCAAUUUUGUGGCCAAUUUUGUGUUUUUUGGAUAAUUUGUGUAGUGUUCCGAAAUUUUUUUGUGACCAAAAUUUUUUUGGCGACGGGGGGGGGGGCACAAUCCCGAAAAGCCUUUUUCCUUACGGUACGCCCAUGGUGCUCUCCCCUUGACGAAUAAGAUCUUCUGGCGUUGGACAGAGUAAAAUAAUAAAGUGGGGUGCAAUGUGACUCAAUGGGUAAAUGAACAAAUUUAGGUUGCCAAAAUAUUCCAACCCUUUUAUUGCAACAAGUUUCAGUCCUCAAUAGUGAUUGACUGAUCAUGCCACAAUUGAAAAUUACUUAUUUAUACCAAUUGUUCCAAGUCAGACAGGACCGAAUUGCUUGUUGGACUGGACCCACCCUUUUCCUAGCCCUGUGGCAGGUAUAAAAGUUGUACCUGAGUGCUAGUCUGCUUUGGGUCAGGGUCAGGGUUAGAAUAGAGUUGACUUUUAUACCUGCCUGACUUGGACCCAAUUGUUUAAAAUCAGUUGAAUGGCAUCAUUCAUUUUAUGGGUAAAUUAGAAUAGAAAACUUUAAGUGGCAAUGUACCCAGAUAUGCCCACUUUAUUUUUUACUCUGUCUAACACCAGACAAUUUUACUUAUCUAUUGUAGAGUGCUGCCAAUCACUGGGUUAAUCAGUGUCUUGUGAACCCUUUAAGUGGAGAUGUGCUCUGAUACCUAACCCUUAUUCUAAUCCUAACCCUUUCCCUAAUCCUAACCCUAAAAGUCUAAAAAUAGUAACUCCCCCUAAAAUGUGACUCAUAUGAGUAGUUCUGCAUAAAAUAGCACAAGGAACUUUAACCCAUUGAGUCGCAUUGCACCCUGAUGCGCCCCACUUUAUUAAUUUACUCUGUCUAACGCCAGACGAUUUUACUUGUCAAGAGGAGAGCGCUGGUGCUUAAUUGGUUAACUAGCCUAUCUGCCUAUGUGUCUAGUUAACCAAUUGAAUUGUAUUGCACUCUGAUGUACAUGCGCCUUACUUUAUUAUUUUACUCUGUCUAACGCCGGACGAUUUUACUCGUUGAGGGGAGACCGCUGGCACUUAAUGGGUUAACCGAUUCCGAUUGUCUACCACUAACACAAUUAUUGUCCCUGCAAUGAUAUUCCAAUUAUAACCUAAAAAAUAAAUUUAUCACCUAAAAAUUAGAUUCAGCAACACAUAGAGUUUCGAAGUAGUUUAAUUAUCUUAUCUUUAGGAUGAUGCAUCUUAACAGAUCACAUUCUCAGUCAGAUAUAAUUAUAAAUCCGGCUGUUAUGACAAAAUAAACUUAGUGACAUUAUUUAUACCCUAGAUGAGGUGGGAUGCGUCAUGAAAUGUUCACCUUGCUCUAUGAGACAGGGGGUGUCUUUGCUUUGUUGCAGUCCUGUUUGUAAAUUAAAAAUGUCUGCUGAAUGGAAAAGUUUUGUCAUAUAUGAAAGUUUAUUUAGCUUUGCCAACUAGGGCAGGGUCACCACAACAGCAUAUACUUUUAAGUAUUUAGGGGGUCUAUGGUUAAGAGCACCAUAAAAGGGGCCCCCCAUGAGAUUUUGCUCGAUGAUAUAAGAAUCUCCCACCCCACCCUAUUAAGGUAUAAAUAAUGAACAGUAUGUGUAAUAUGUUGGCUGAUGGAGGACUGGGUUUGACUUUGUUUGAAAUAUGUUGGACUCGUUUGAACACUAUGUGUUGAGUAAUGUUGACUGAUGUUGGAUCAGGUUUGACUUUGUUUGAAAUAUGUUGGCUUCGUUUGAACACUAUGUGUUGGGUAAUGUUGACUGAUGGUGGAUCAGAUUUGACUUUGUUUGAAAUAUGUUGGCUUCGUUUGAACACUAUGUGUUGGCUGAUGGUGGACUGGGUUUGACUUUGUUUAAAAUAUGUUGGCUUCGUUUGAAGGAAGAGAUUAUUUCGCUGACCUCAAAGUGACAAAACGUAACAAAGCAACGGCACUAACCCUACUCCAAACACCAACUCUAACCCUAACCUAACCCUAUGCCAAAUUUGUUUCUAAACCAAUCUUGAAGAAAAAAGUUUUGACGAAAUGUCAUUCUGAGGUCAGCGAAAUAGUUGAUACCUCGUUUGAACACUAUGUGGGUUUUCACUUGUUUCCAUCUACCAAACUGACGUUACGUCAUUUCAUCAAUUUCUAAAGUUGUUUCUUUUUGGACUUUUAAUUAAUUUGGUUAGGCCUAGGGUUAGGGUUGCGAUUAUGGUUAGAGUAGGGGUAGGAUUUGUUACAUAGCCAUUUAACACCUCUUCCAUCUUCCGAAAAUGACGUCACAUCAGUUUGGUAGAUGGAAAUAAGUGCUGACCCACUAUGUGUUGGGUAAUGUUGACUGAUGUUGGACUGGGUUUGACUUUGUUUAAAAUAUGUUGGACUCGUUUGAACGGGGCUUAACAAUCAGUUUAAAAAUGUAUAUCCUCGCAAUGUUGAACCAAAUAUUUAGUAUAAUUAUAACAUACUAGAGGUAGACUGGUCUGCAUUUCUUUAUUUACAAAUUAAAACACUGAUGUUUGUAGGCGAAUGAUCCAUGUUGUAUCAUCGUUGUAAAAAACACCGUUUUCAUGCGUCCACACAAGUAUCUAAUCCGGCGUUAAUUUCCUGAAACGAACGUUUGCACUCUCGAGACUGUUCUCAGGAUGUUUUCCGUGUGCGUAUUCGCCUAACACGCGUGGACGAAAGACGAACUGGUAAAUAAAACGUUGCGUUUUUAAAACAAAUCCUUAUAUGAGUGGACGUGCGAACAAUUAGAAGAAUCUAUUAAAUGUUGAAAUAUACAUCUCAAGUUCCAUCAUCACUUUUGAGUAGAAUACAUCCAUCUUUGGUGUGCAAAUAUUCUCUUUACUCUUUAGUUAAUAGUGUUCUUGCGUGCGUAAUUCGAUGCAAAACAUUGCCAAUUUUGUUUAACCAUGAGACUGAUGAAUGAUCGGUCUCGGUGUAGAAAUAAAAGUAGUUUGAAGAGUGUCACUCAACCUAUAUUCUAUAAGGAAAUCAUUUCUAACUUUCGUGACUAAUUUGACAAAGUCAAAGGGCGUCCGCUCGAAAUUUCGAGAAGGGAUUUGUUUUCUAUGAUAUAUAGAUUGAGUGCAUAGCUGAUCAGCUGAUGUGUUCCGCAUAUUUACAACAAUUUCUAUUUCAAAUUUUGUUAUUUACAUUAUUUUCUCGUUUAUUUAAAAGACAAUGAUGGCUACAGAUACUUCUAUAAAAAAGGAUGGUCUUUGCUCGCUGACGGCACAGAAAUUAUCAGAAGACCCGCAAGGAUUUGCAGGACCACCUGGUAUAUACAUCAAGUUUGAAUCACAUAAAACCCGUUGUAGACGUAGUGGAAAAUUCUUAAACAUAACGUACAUGGAGAACCGAAAAAAGUUGUACUCUAUAUGUAGAUCAAUGUAGCUGCCUUGCUCACAAUAACAAUUACUAUAACAAUCUUCUUUAUCGUUUGCAUUAGCUCGCAACCAUCCUGACUACCCAGCAGAAGACUUUUGUGAAACAGAACCAAUGGAACCGCAUAUGAUCAAGAUGCCUUAUCCAGACGAUCCGAAUAUGAAAAGGCUUACUCACGAUAUAAAAUUUGCUCAUAAAAAGUAUGUAGCUACUAUGGCUUGAAGAAAUGGAACAGUUGCAAAAAUGCAACCGACUUUCUAUAGCCUAUAGGCCCUCGAAUCAAACCUACGGCCCUGUGAUACUCGCGGUGUGGUGCUCUAGCGCUCCAGUGUCCACUGUCCAGUAAAUAUCGAUAUUUUGGGGCAUCUUGUUUGGUAGAAUAGUAGAUGGGUUAUUUGUGGAUGGAAUGAAUGCAAACUUACAUACAUGCAUUCCAGUAGCCAAGAGCAGGGCCGCCAUUUGCGCGGGACAAAACUUCCCAAUCUUGUAUUAAGUAAUUUUAAGGCCCUUCGUUUCAUUGGGGGCCCUUUUGAGUUGGGAGCCCUUUUGAGUUGGGAGCCCAUGACAAAAUGCCCCCCCCCCCCCCAUAAGUUGAUAGAUGCAUGUAGUUGAUAUAACGAGUAAAAAAGCAACACAAAUUGUUGUCUAAUCGUGACCGUGCAUAACAAAUUAAGUCAAGAGUAUGCAUGCAACAAGUUUUUUAUUUUUUUCUUUCUUUCAGGAGCGGAUGGGGGGGGGGGGGUUGUGUUCUAUAUCUUCUAAAUUUAAAAUAUCUGGGGGGGGGAAAUCUUGUAAAGAUUUUCGUGGAUAGGAAAUUUUUCAGCAAUAACUUGUUGAUCAUGUGCUUCUCCUUUCGACAAGUUUAUUUUUAUUUUUGUUUUUCGUCUUUCAGAGGGAUUGAGCUAAAAAAUAACGAAUUUGGUAAGGUAUGGACAAACAUUCAACAGAAAAAGGCACAUGCCGAAGACGACACGAAUAAAAUGGACCAAGAGUUAGCGAACAAGCUAAAAGAAAGAUCACGAAAAGUAGACGAGGUAAAAUCCAAAAUUAUUACGAAUAAUUAACCCACACUGAUCAGAAUUUUUCCAUCGUUCCCCUCAAUUUUAUCAGUCCCCCCCCCCCCUCUGGCCAGUCACUGCUUCGUUGCAUCAAUCGCGUUCAACUAGUCGCGCGCACUUUGGUCGUUUGAGCUAAUUCAAAACUGUUAGAUGCACUUGAUCCUUUACCAUGCAACUUAUAUGUAUAUAUAAUACUAUAUACUAUGUUUAAUUAAUUAAACUAUUAAUAUUGAAAGUUUAUACUAUGAUAUCAUGUGACCCUAAAAGAGCAUGCAUGCAGCUUUCAGCUGUUAAUUCAGAUGAACCUGGAUUAGUCGCAAGACGACAUGCAGGCAUGCACCAUUUCAAAUAAUUAUUAUAGUAUACAUAUUAAUUGGGUGAUUUUCACUUAAAAUUACCUUAUUCGUGACAAAUGAGAUUUUCACUUAAAAUUACCUUAUUCGUGACAAAUGAGAUUUUCACUUAAAAUUACCUUAUUCGUGACUUAUGACAAAUGAGUGCGGGCUAUACCGUCCUUCCAGUCCUCUGCAGAUAGUACUCUCUAAUACGGACAGUUUCCUAUAUGUUAAAACUGACCCAACAAAAUGCUCACCUAUAUAUUUUAUUUGAGAGACUAUUAUGCGGGCACGGACAACGGACAGCGGUGCCCUGGAGUGCAAAUAGAAUACUCAUAACCGGGCUCUUAAGUAAACCCCGUUGCUCAUGACAAAUUUCAAAAAUGACACAAACAUAAGGGCUUUAUUCACUUAUCUUUAACUGAAGAUUUGAAAACUAAAAUAACACCAUUACACGUGACCCAAGAGGAGAAGGCUUUGAUUCUGUAGUGUACAUCAUAAUUAUGUAUUCAUGCUGUUUAGGAUAAAGAAGUAGAUGAACUACCACCGCCGCCAGAAUUUGCCCAAGUUCAACUACGAAAGACGGGUUCGAGAGAAUUACUGAAUAUCGAAUAAAGGCAAAUUUUGUAUAUAAUAACAUGACAUUACAAUCAGGGGCGCCGGAGCCACGGGGGCAGCGGGGGCAACUGCUCCCCUUGCCCAAAUAGUGCGGGGGCAGCACGGGGGCAACAGGUUGCCCUUUUUACCGGAACUGCACUUCGAAAUUCGUGCGUUAUUCACAAGAAUUGGAAUUUAUAAGUAUUUUUAAGCAACGCUUAAGCAAUCUUUGCUUAAUUUUUAACCAGUUGUAGCAAAAUUAAUGCUAAAUCAAGCAAUAUACGUCCGUUUGCUGAUUUUAUUUUGCGCCCUUAGCAAUGUGCAACGAAUAAAAUUGUUCAAAAUUAAUGGCGAAAUUUGCCGACCCAUAAUAGCCACAAGUGAUCGAGUGGAUCAUACAGUAAAGGUUUAACAAAUAUUGCCGCCCAGAAAAAAUUAUGGCUGAGAAGCAAGUGCCCUUUUGAAAUGGCUGCCCCCGCCGCAUCACAUUGCUUCCGGCGCCCCUGUGCAAUCUCAUUGAGUUCCAGUGCAGUCUAUUGAAGAAAUUGAAUUUUAAAGUUCAGAUGGGUAUAUAUAUAUAUAUAGUCUUCGAACAUAGACCUUAAAUAUAUUUAAAUUUGUUGUUACAUAUAGUCGAAGUGUUGGAUGUCGUACAGUUUGCCACGUGUAUUGUGUGUUGGCGUGUUCGGAAUGCGAAUUUGCUUGCAAUCACAUUAAAAACGCCAACUUUUAUGAGGACAUUUUAACUCAAAAUAUAUUACUAAUUUGGUUAUAUAAAACGGUUAAAGAAUACGAAGCUCAUUUCAUGCUGUCACGAAAGCAAACUUACUCCUUGGUGACGUUCUGAAAAACGUCUACACACUAUAAACCUUCUUCAUUAUUACAUUAACAAUAAUUUUUACGGCGUAUCCAAGUUUUAACGAGCUCAUUAUUCAUUAAAAUGCGACUUGGCAUCCCGAAGCCGUAUUGAAGUGACCUUGUUUAUUCAAUCGCGAGUCAAUAAUAACGAAAAAGGGGAUAUGCAGUGGGUAUAAACCGUGAAAUUUGAGGCAAAGCCGCGCCUUUGGUCAGGAAAGUAAAUUAAAGAAGAGUUUCCCACUAUAAUCCAUAUCCCACUUUCCUAAGUUUUCGUUUAGUUUGAAUAUUUAUAAAUGAGAUUUUAUUAUCGAUCGACUGGCGAACAUGCAUAAAAGAAGGGCGUUUUGUCACCAUCUUGUUCCUUACGGUGUGUGGACACGUCUUAGAUCACUUCAAUAUGGCACGGGCAUAUAUUUUAAGAUUAGUGAAUAGUGUAUUUUUACACUGGAGUUGAAACGUUUUUGAACUGGUUAAUUUUUUUGGAUUUACGAUCGCUUUGAUUUCUAUAUAAGUACUAUAGAUAAAACAUGAGCAGCCGAUCUGUAUCUGAUAUACAAACUCGAGCCGAAGGCGAGAGUUUGUAUAUCAGAUACAGAUCGGAUGCGAAUGUUUUAUCGUACUUAAAAAAUGACCCGUCUUAUAAGUUCAUUGGCGAAGUAAUUUUAAAAAUAAACAUUCUCUAAGCCGAGAAAAUCAAAGCUGAAUUUAUGUAAAUCAGGACAAAUCUUUAACCGAUUUACAAACAUUGAUUAAACAUUCAUUUCUUUUGUAUUUUCCUCGUGAAUUAUUAAUGAAUUUUUUAAUCUUACGUAACACCGCCAAUAAUUCGAAAAACUUUUUCUCCAGUGGAAACGUAGGCUAUGGUGUAAUUCUCGAAAAAUAUAGUUACAACUUGUUGAAGUCAGAAUUAUUUAUAUAACAAUAAAAGUAUGUUUAGUAACAGUUCUGUGUGUUAUAUUUUCAUAAACUUUAUAAUCUACGACUACAUGUAAAAUAUUGAAAUUCAUAGACACAAAAAAGUCGACUA